AUACUCCGGGAGCUCCGGCCCCGCACCGCGCGCGCCCCCGCCGCUCCGCCCGCAAACUUCAAGCCGCAGCUCCAUUUCCAGCCACUGAAUUGUGUUCCUUAAAAAAGAAAAAAAAAUCCCCGAACUGAAUCCCCCACCCGGGGAGGGAUUCGCGGAGGAGUCACAAUCCGGCCGAUCAAGAAGCUUGCUCCGGGGAAGAGCAGCCUCUCGGGAGCCCCAACUCGGCGUCGGGAAGCGCAGAAAGCCAACAAGUGAAAAAAGAAAGAAAGGAAAGAAAAAGAAAGAAAGGGGAAAAAAGGCGCCGCGUUCCCCAGGGCGCUGCGCGGGCGGCGGGAGCAGGCGCAGGAGAAAGCGAGCGCCCCUCAAACCCCGCAGCCCGGAGCCCGGGAGCCGCGCUUGCUGCGGCGGCGGCUCGGCUCUCCGUUCCCUCGAGGCGGCCCGCGCCGAGCGCAGGACUGAAUCUUCCCUUCGCCCACUUCGCCCGCACCGCCGGCGAGCAGCUGGUCCCCGGGAAUAUGCAGCGCGCGUGGAUCCUCCUCACCUUGGGCUUGGUGGCCUUGGUGUCGGCCGAGUCGCGAGCAGAGCUGACAUCGGACAAAGACAUGUACCUUGACAACAGCUCCAUUGAAGAAGCUUCUGGAGUAUAUCCUAUUGAUGAUGACGACUAUGCUUCUGCAUCUGGCUCAGGAGCCGAUGAGGACAUAGAGAGUCCAGAACUGACAACUUCACGGCCAAUUCCAAGGAUCUCAUUUACUAGUGCUGUUCCAAAAGUGGAGACCACGACAUUGAAGACACAGAGCAAGAUGCCUGCUCAGACAAAGUCCCCUGAAGAAAUUGAUAAGGAAGAAGUUCACAUGCCUGACUCAGAAAGGAAAAUGGACCAAGCUGACGAAGAUACAAAUGUGUAUACCGAGAAGCACUCAGACAAUCUGUUUAAACGGACAGAAGUCCUAGCAGCUGUCAUCGCGGGUGGAGUGAUCGGCUUCCUCUUUGCCAUCUUCCUCAUCCUGCUGCUGGUCUACCGCAUGAGAAAGAAGGAUGAAGGAAGCUACGACCUUGGGGAACGCAAACCAUCCAGUGCUGCUUAUCAGAAGGCACCUACUAAGGAGUUUUAUGCCUAAAACUCCCUCUUAGGGUCUCUAUUUAUGAGAUCGCUGAACUUUUCAAAAUAAAGCUUUUGCAUAGAAUAAUGAAGAUCUUUGUUUUGUUUUCGUUUUUGUUUUUUGGGGUUUUGUUUUGUUUUGUUCAUUGAAGAGCCAUUCUGGCACUUUAAUGCUAAAAUCCCAUUGUAUUUAAAACUUUUCAUGUAUUUCUUUAGAACCGAAGUAAAAUUGAAAAACAUCUGCAGUGUUCUUGUGAGUAGCAGUGGCAAAAUAUUAUAUUAUGUUCUGAAAACCUUCAAAACUUUUGAUGGGCAAAUACAAAAUGAUUGUUUCUUUAGGUUAUUUUGUUUUGUUUUGGCUUUUUGGUUUUUGUCCUUUGGUUGGAAGACAAAAGCUGUUUCAUUUGUCAGCAUGUCUCUGAUUGACCUUACUGAGUUAGUCUGACUUUGUUAAUUUAUCUCUGGUCCUUUAUUCUCUUUCCUCUCUUCUUAUCCCUUUCAGAAAACAAAACCAAGCCCUUUUGUAGUUGUCCUGGUGUAAUUUGUCUUCUUGGAAUGACUCAGAUAAUGGUAAUUUAGUGUAUAUGUGAUUUUUCAAAUAUGUAAACUUUAACCUCUGCUUUAUGUAAAUUUUUAAAUGUCAGGACUAUCCAUUUUACACUUGCUUUUAUGUUUCAUUACCUGUAGCUUCGGGCAGAUUUGAAACCACAAAUUAAUGUGUAAAAUCGGAUUACAACUCCAAGACUAUUUAAUCCUAUCUUUCUGAUCAGAUCUCCUUUUAGGAAGACCUGAUAUGUGAGUUACUGAUAAGCUUUAGCAAACCCAAAGAUGCAAACAGUAUUUGAGCAGUUGCUGCAGAUUCCUUUGGCCACUGUAUUUGUUAAUUUCUUGCAAUUUGAAGGUAUGAGGAGGAGUUGAAAGAAACAAUUUUUGUUCUUAAAAAUUCAUUUAAGUUGUAAACAUCUUUUUAAGCCUUUGAAGUGCCUAUGAUUCUAUGUAACUCGUCGCAGACUGGUGUUCUUGAGUAUAUAAAACAGUUUAAAAACAAAACUUGGUAUUUUAUAAGCACAGACAAUUCUAAUGGUAACUUUUGUAGAUUUACGAAUAGACAAAUUGUAAUUUGGGAACAUAAAAACUACUGAAUAAAUCAUAUGGCCUAAUAUUGAAAAUGUCACUGUUAUAAAUUUUGUACAUUUUCCGAUCAAAUGUACAUGUCCCCUUUGCUAAUGAGACCGUCUGCUCUCAAGGAUGACAUGGUUUGAUUUCUGAGUGUUCCACAGUGUGUAUAAAUCAAGACCAAAGAGCCCAUUGCUAAGGCUGUUUAUUACCAGAUUCACUUCUGGAUUGGACAGAGGAAAUGAAUGUAAGCUCCUAUGUGUGUCUGGUACCAGUAUUGGAAGGCUGCCAGGGAAUUUUAAAGUUUGAAACUUUCAUAUAAUAGCUGAUGGCAAUAUUGAGACAGAUGCUUGCUUGCUUUGGCAAAUAACUGAAGGUUAUAAAAUUCCAAAGAACUGAGGGGGCCUUUCUGGAAAUAGGUAGAUUUACCUUUGAACGUGUCCUAAAGCUUUCCUGAAAAUCAAAACUAUAGACCCCAUGUGCUGAACAGCCCAGCCCACUUCAUAAGAAAAGUAAAGAAAGGCCUGGGAAAUUUUAUGCAUUAGGGGAGAUCUUUGCUGCUUAUGGCUGAAGUUUCUAGAAAGAGUGAUACCUUCCUAGAAGUUUCUAGAAAAGAGAAGCUGAAGGUAUGGCAGUACCCUGUCCAGGUACUUAGAGUACUGAACAGUCCCCUUUCCUAUUUUGCCAUUAAUUUUGCUUUAAACUGUGAGCCAUGGGAGUGUGAUGGACAGCAUAAACAGCAACUCUUCCAACAUAUCAUUUACUUUUAAUAAGGUUUCUAACACUUUAUUUAGAGAAUUUUCCCUGGAAUUGCCACACAACUCAUUUUUUAAAAAAUGUUUUUAAGGCAAUACUUGGAAAUGUUUUACCUAAGUCAUUAAUGGCCUUAAUUCUCAAGUUCCCCCUCCCAUCACUACAGGCAUUGUUCACUUUGUAUAGAAUAAUUAAAAGGACUUUCUAAAACUGCACGAGGUCUCUCACCUCCAGAGACUAAGGAUGUAGUGGGGAUACCUUUAACUGUAUAGGCAGAGUGAGAUUCUCUUCAUAGAAUAACUUGCUUGGAAUAUAUACAUAUAUAAAUAUAUAAUAUCCGUGCCAGGAAAAAAGAAAUUUCUGGCAAAUAUUUUGUCACUGCUGUAAAGCAAAAUAUUUGUGAAAGUGCCAAAAUAAAGUCUGUCAUGCCGAAAGUAAAUCAUUGUA